AUGGAGAUUCAUCUGUCUGCUCAUUUGGGUCCUCAUGUGAGUGCGCAUGCUUGUGACAAAGAAAUCAGAAAUAGAGACACCAUUGCCUCUGGAACUGAAAAUGGCUGCAAAAAAGUCAACACUUUCAUUCAAGCAAAUAAUAAUAAUAAUAAAGUAGUUUGUGGAAGAAAUGGAGGAACUCCACAGGGCAAUAAUCUGUUUAUGAGCAACCAGCCUUUUCCUGUGGUCACCUGUAAAUUACAAAGUGGGCAGAGACACCCAAAUUGCCAAUAUAGAGGGAAGAAGUCCACUCGUUACAUUGUUUUGGAGUGUGAUCGAGAAUCGCCUGUACAUUAUGAGGCUAAAUAG